AUGGGGUGGGCUGUGGGCGCGGCCGCCCGCGCCCUUCGUUUUGGCGCCAUUCGGAUUCAGACGCGACAAUCCACGACGAGUGUGAUGUUCCAUUUCGAAAAACACCCCAUCUCAACCGAACAAGAUGCUACCGAGUUGGCGAAACGCUACACAGAGCGAGAACAGGAUCUACUACGUGCCGCUUUAUUAACAGCCCUUCAAGAACGAAAGAAAAACAAUGGCGUUACUUCAAUUCUUUCUCCAGAAGAAACGAGAGCGUUAUUUGCGUUUAAUGCAAUUCCGUUUAUCGGUUUUGGUUUUCUCGACAACAUGAUCAUGAUUUUGGCCGGCGAGUACAUUGACCAGCAAUUAGGAACACUACUCUGUCUAUCUACAAUGGCUGCGGCAGCGAUUGGGAAUAUAAUCUCUGAUGUGGCUGGUGUUGGUCUUGCUCAUUAUGUUGAAGCUAUUGUUGUUCGAUUUGGUGUUCGACAGCCUGUCCUGACAGCUGAACAAUUGGAAAGCAACAAGGCACGAUGGACAACAAAUGCGGCUCGGGCCUUUGGAUUGACAGUUGGCUGCAUAAUUGGCAUGUUUCCACUUUUGUUCUACGAUGAAAAAGAAAAGAAGAUCUCUUCGGAAAAG